AUGGUCUUAUUUGAUUCGGGUGCUACGCACUCAUUCAUUGCUGAGGAGUGUGUGAAGCGUUUAGGGUUGCUAACUGCUGAGUUACCCUUCGAUUUGGUGGUUACUACCCCUGCCGCCGAUCGAUUAGUUACGUGCACGGCAUGCUUGCAAUGUCCGUUGAUCUACGAGGAUCGCAAGUUCCUUGCGAACCUCGUCUGUCUAGGGCUUAAAGAGCUCGAUGUGAUUCUGGGAAUGGAUUGGUUGGCGCAGUACCACGUUCUUCUGGAUUGUGCUAAUAAGACCGUAGUCUUCCCGGAUUCUGGCGUUACGGAUUACUUGAAUUCGUACAACUUGGGAAAGGGUUCACCAGCAUUCGUGAACUCUAUCGUAGCUGAGGCGAAGAACGACGGCGAUGUGCGCAAUAUUUUGGUGGUGCUGGAAUUUGUGGAUGUGCUUCCAGAGGACGUGUCUGGAAUACCGCUAGUGAGGGAGACGGAGUUCUCUAUUGAUAUUAUGCCGGGCACGGGACCAAUAUCAAUGGCGCCUUACCGGAUGGCACCAGCAGAGUUGACGGAGUUAGCGAAGCAGUUGGAUGAUCUCUCUUCCAAGGGAUCUAUCCGACCGAGUGUGUCGCCAUAG